ACAAAAACAUUAUUUUCUUCUUCAAAACAAAAUAGAGAAGAAACUACAUUACAUAUAUACCUACAUAUUACAGAAUAAAAAUAACUAAAUACGAAAAUAAAUAAAAUUGCAAUACAAAAUAAGAAAAGGCUGUAAAAAUUAUUAAUGGUUUAAAACAUGGAAUUCGAUUUAAUUAAAACAAAAUUGGAUACCCAAAACAAUCAAAUGUAUAGAGAAAAAUGUGGUGAAAUUUACAGAAUUAAGUCUGAGUUUAUCUAUUAUUGUUGUUUUUGUUUUGAAAACUACUAUGAUAUAAUAAAGUUUCAUAUCCAUAUUCAUCAAAAUCAUCACGAAUGUAUGGAUGCUUCUAAAGAAAUUCCCAACUUUCAUCCAGAAGCAAGUGAAAAUGAUUUCGAUGCGACUGAUUCAAUAAAGUUUAACUUUGUAUCAACCAACCAAUAUUUAGAUACGAAGAUUGAGGAGAGCACGAAAACUGUAAUAGAAAAUUCAUUUUGUAAUGAACAGGUGAAUAGGUAUCUAGGAUUUCUCUGAUAUAUCAAAUGAAUUAAAUAAUUGUGUUUAAAAUUUAGGUGAUUGGUUCAAAUUCAAACAAAAAUACGAAAUGCAAAUUAGAGAUAGACA